CCAGCCAGGGCAAGGCUCCAAGCCGGCCGGGGCUGACUCCGGGACCAGCGAACAGAAAACAACCUGGCUCCAGAGACAAUUAACAAAGGCUGGAGACCAGCCACCCCUCGCGGCGCACGCACGCGCGCAAACAGCAGCGUGGGCACAGCCGCGCCCGCCCUUGCCCUCGGUGGGCACAGCCGCCCGGAGCGGCGCGGGUGCGGGGAGGGUGGCGACCGGCUCCGUGCUUGAGCGCCCGCAGGCACCUUGCGCGCGCGGAACCUGCUGACAUGGCCAAGCAUGGAGCGGACGAGCCAUCCUCCAGGUCAGGGAGUCCGGACGGGGAAGACAGGGCCUCUGAGGACAGAUCGCUGCUUCAUCAGAGGCUGGCUGUCCAGGAGCUCAUCGACACCGAGGUCUCCUACUUGCACAUGCUCCAUCUCUGUGCCUCUGACAUCAGGAGCCGCCUCCAGCAGUUGCCGCAGGGAGAUCUGGAUGUUUUGUUCUCAAACAUUGAUGAUAUCAUCAAGGUGAACAGCAGAUUCCUUCAUGAUCUGCAGGAGACAGCCUCCAAGAAAGAGGAACAAGUGCAGCUAGUUGGUAACUUAUUUCUGGAAUUCCAAGAGGAGUUGGAACAAGUCUAUAAGAUCUACUGUGCCAGCUACGACCAGGCCUUGCUAUUGGUGGAGAUGUACCGGAAGGAGCCGGAGCUGCAGCAGCACAUCCAGGGCAUCAUUAAGGCAGUGGUGCCACAAGCUGGAUCUUCAGGCCUCAGUUUCUUGCUGGUAAUUCCUCUGCAGAGGAUCACCAGGUACCCAUUGCUGCUGCAGAAAAUCCUGGAGAACACACUCCCUGAUGCCAGUGCCUACCCUGUCCUUCAGAGGGCUGUCUCUGCCCUCCAGGACGUGAACACCAAUAUCAAUGAGUACAAGAUGCGCAAGGAAGUGGCCUCCAAGUACACCAAGGUAGAGCAGCUGACCCUCCGAGAGCGGCUGGCCCGCAUCAACACACACACCCUCUCCAAGAAGACCACCCGGCUGAGCCAGCUGCUGAAGCAGGAGGCAGGGCUGAUCCCCAGGACAGAAGACAAGGAAUUUGAUGAUUUAGAAGAGAGGUUCCAGUGGGUGUCUCUGUGUGUGACUGAGCUGAAGAACAACAUGGCUGCUUACCUGGACAACCUGCAGGCUUUCCUCUGCUUCAGGCCGCACGAAUUCAACCUGGACAUCGCUGAGGGGCCUGCAGUGCAGUACUGCAAUUUGGCCAGAGACCUUCAGCUGGAGGCCUUCCUGAAGUUUAAGCAGCGGCUGGAAGGCCUGGUGUGGCAGCCACUGUGCAGCCUGGCCAAAGCCCUGCUCGGCCCUCAGAACCUGAUCAAGAAGCGUCUGGACAAGCUACUGGACUUUGAGCGGGUAGAAGAGAAGCUGCUGGAGGUGGGCAGUGUGACCUAUGAGGAGCAGGCAGCCCGGCACACGUACCAGGCACUCAACUCCCUGCUGGUGGCUGAGCUCCCACAGUUUAACCAGCUGGCCAUGCAGUGGCUGGGCCAGAUCCUGCGCACAUUCGUGACCCUCCAGAGGGACCUUGCAAAGCAAGUGCUGCAGAGGGCAGAGGGCAGCAUGGCCCAGCUGCCCCACCACCAUGUCCCAGAGCCUGCCUUCAGGAAGCUGGUGGAGGACACACUGGGCCGGACGAGUAACCAGCUUCACUCCUUUCAAGAGACCUUUGAGAAAGUGCUGCCACCUCCCACCACACAGCCGCUCCUUCCAGGGUCUGAACGCCAGGUACAGGCUCUCCUGAGCAGGUAUGGCCCUGGGAAGCUGUACCAGGUGACGAACAACAUCAGUGGGACUGGGACACUGGACCUGACUCUGCCUCGGGGCCAAAUCGUGGCCCUUCUUCAAAACAAGGACACCAAAGGCAACAGCGGCCGCUGGCUGGUGGACACAGGGAGACAUCGUGGGUAUGUGCCAGCUGGGAAACUGCAGCUGUACCAUGUGGUCCCCAGUGCAGAGGAGCUCAGAAGGCAGGCGGGGCUGAACGAAGAACCCCGAUGUCUAACACCAGAACCUGUUCGAGCUCCAGUGCCCUCUAUUCCCACCGUGAACCAGGUCAUAGCAGCAUACCCUUUUGAGGCCAGAAGCAGCCAUGAAGUGAGUCUGCAGGCAGGCCAGCCCGUGACCGUCUUGGAGGCCCAGGACAAGAAGGGGAACCCGGAGUGGAGCCUGGUGGAAGUGAAUGGACGGAGGGGUUAUGUGCCUUCUGGCUUCCUGGCCAGGGUCCCGAGCCCAGUUUUGUGGGGCUGGAACCUGCCCUCUUAGGACAACUGUAUGCUCCAUGAGGCUGAGAAGCUCCGAUUCAUCCUAGAAUCUCCCUAAGCCCUUUGUCAUGUGCCUCAAGUACUAGAUGUUCAAUACAUCCCAGAGAAGAUGGAGAUACCAAAGCCCUGCCUUCAAGGACUCUCCUGGCUGGCUGGAGAGUCAGACAUCAAGCAGUUAUCUGGCCCUACAGGAAAGGAUGCCCUCAGCCCCAGAGGGGUGCUAUGGACUGGGCAUAUAGGUGCUCAGACAAAGGAGAGGUUUGGGAAGGCUUAGGUAGUCAGGGACAGUUUCCUGGGGAAGGUGGGGCAGGUGCUGGGCCUUGUGAGAUAUGUAAGGUUGGAGAAAGCAAUUGGGCGGGGCAUGGCAGGCUCAUGCCUGUAAUCUCAGCACUUUGAGAGGCCAGGGCAGGUGGAUCACUUGAGGUCAGGAGUUAGAGAUUAGCCUGGCCAACAUGGUGAAACCCAUCUGUACUAAAUAUGAAAAAAAAAAAUAGCCAGGCAUGGUGGCAUGCACCUAUAAUCCCAGCUACUUGGGAGGCUGAGACAUUGCUUGAACCUGGGAGGCAGAGGAUGCAGUGAGCCAAGAUCACCACACCAUUGCCUGCCAGCCUUGGUGAUGAAGCAAGACUCUUGUCUCAAAAAAAUAAAAAUAGAGAUAAAGCAAUCCUAUGGGAAUGCUCUGUCCUCUAUGGGAUGGAGGCCUUCUCAGGCCUGGGAGGCUGCAUGGUGGCAUGAAAAGGCCCAGCACUUGGCCCCAGAAAAUCUAAGCAGGCUUGGUGCUUCAUGCCUGCAGUCCCAGCUACCCAGGAGGAUUUCUUGAGCCCAGGAGGUUGAGGCAGCUGUGAGCCAUGAUUGUGCCACUACAUUCCAGCCUGGGUGACAAAGUGAGACCUUGUUUAAAAAAAAAAGGAAGAAAAACAAAAAUAUCUGAGUCCAAGACCUACUUGGCCAUAGGCAAGCAGCACAUGUCUUGACUAUGGCUGGAUCAUGGUUUCUACGAAGACGCCUGAUGAUGGCUUCCAGCCUGCUCUGUCUUCCCCUGUCCAACUCAAAAGUACUCACUGCAGAGUUCUGGUCCAUCUCAAGGGAUCCCUGGGCCCUCCACCAGGACUUAAUUUCUAACAUGAAAGAGUCAUUUUAAGGCCUGUUGUGGCAGGACAGAGCCUAAAAUACCCUGGGUUGGGAUGAAGGAAAGAGCCGGAUUCCCCUCCAGCAACAUCAUGGGAGCUGAGAUCCCAACGAUGUAUUCACUUAACCUUGCUCAUUUGUUUCUUUCUUAUAGAUAAGUUUCCAAAUUACCUUUUCUGUUUUCUCAUCUGUAAAAUGGGUACAAUAAUUCCUGUUCUCCCAGGGCUGGUAAGAGGAUUACAUGAGAGACGUGUGUGCCUGGUGUGUGCCUGGUGGUAGACAUAUCAGGAGUAUCACUGAUGUGCAUUGAUGGCACAGGAGAACUGUGACCACCAGGUGGCAGCAGGGAUCUUCCAAUCAGCUAAGGGACGGCUGGGAAGGGCCUUUGGGAUCAAUCCGAAAUGCCCAUGGUGCCAGGUCGUGAAUGGAGAUGAGAAGGGCCAAGUGAAAGGCAUUAGGGGGUGGUGGGGACUGUGUUGACCAGAGCAUACACACUCAUUCUAAAGAGCUGUAGCUUCUUGGCUCCAAACAACUGCUCCCACAUCAGUAGGAGGGCACCGUGGUAUCAUUCUGCUGUUUCAAGAGAAGCCGCCAGGUACCAGAGUUUUUGUUUGUUUAUUUAUUUGAUCAUAUAUAUAUUUUUUGAGACAAAGUCUCGCUCUGUCUUGCCCAGGUUGGAGUGCAGUGGCAUUAUUUCGGCUUACUGCAGCCUCCACCUCCCAGGUUCAAGCAAUUCUCCUGCCUCAGCCUCCCGAAUAGCUGAGAUUACAGGCAUGCGCCACCAUGCCCAGCUAAUUUUGUAUUCUGAGUAGAGACAGGGUUUCACAGUGUUGGUCAGGCUGGUCUCGAACUCCUGACCUCAGGUGAUCCACACUCCUUGGCCUCACAAAGUGCUGGGAAUACAGGUGUGAGUCACCGUGCCAGGCCUAUUUUUAUUUUUUGAUGUGACAUCUUCUAUGUGGAGAUUGUGUGGUCCACAGCAGUUUGCCUCCUUGCAUAUUCUACCUGAAAGUGGGUUGAGUGCUUUGGGUGAAGAUCUUCUCUGAAGAAUUACUUUCAUAUCUUUGUAUUUCCUGUGAAAUUUCUUUCUGUGUCCUCACUUGACCCCUCCCUUCAUGGGACAUUAAUUUGCUUCCUUAGAUCUUUGAGAAGCGUUGCUUAAUCUGUUGUGAUUGUUAUUAUGGUUGUUAUUAUCUUCAAAUUUUUAUUGUUGGUCAUAUCGUCUGCCCCACUAGACAGGUUCCCCAUAAUACCUAGCAUACAAGGCUCUUUGGAGAAUUAAAUGAGAUGCUGACAUAAGUCACUUAGUCAAGCACCCAGUUCAUUAGUGCUCAAUAAACAUACUUGUCAUUAUUA